AUGGUACAGCGUGGUGCCCAACUCUUCUACUUCACCCAGCCCCACCUUAAAGACAGCGCGGCCAAGGGGAUCAUCAACCUGGAAGGCGCAGAGGUCUCUCGACCUGACGACGCUAGCGCGCCAGAGCUGAGCCUACCAAACGCCGGCAACGUCCUCUUUCUCGUCAAAACAGCCAAGGGACGCAUCUACAUGCUCAAGGGCGAGCAGGACAAGGAUGUGGAAGGGUGGAUCCAGCGGCUACAGAAAGCCACGCAAGCGAAAGCGCCCGUCGGUGCCGGAGCUGGAGCCGGGAAAGAGGAGGGAAAGGACCACACCGCAAACAACGCGGACGGGUAUUCGGCAUUCUAUUGGAAGAGAGAGGAAACGAAUCUCGGGAUCCCAAUCGUUGUUCAUCGAAUCCUUACGUAUCUGGACAGCGUCCUGGAGGUGCAGGGCAUCUUCCGUCUCUCCGGCGGCGCUGAAUCCGUGCGCAACCUCAAGAAGGCGUUCGACACAAGCAAGGACCUGUGGAACGUUGCCUUGCCCGACUUCACCUCGUCCGGCCCUCAUGCAGUCGCGUCCCUCCUCAAAUUGUUCAUGAAAGAGCUGCCGGAGCCAUUGGUGCCGAACGACUUCUACAAGCUCUUCCUCGACCUACAGAAAGAACGAUGCCACGAUGCCACGGCACGCCUGCGGGAUCUGCGCGAGCUCAUCUUCAAAAUGCCGCCAGCGCACCGAGCAAUGCUGGCAGAGCUCGCGGGGCUCCUCCGACGAAUCGCCAACAUGAGCAAAGUGAACCAGAUGACGCCCAAGAACUUGGCGAUUUGCCUGGCGCCGAAUAUCUUCCGAUCCAACGACCUCAACCUGCUCGAAAGCAUGACCGACGCUCCGUACCUGCUGUCGAUGAUGAAGACCUUCAUCACGCAGCAUCCCUAUCUCUUUGCAGAGGUGGAAGAUCUGGACGCGAUCAAGCCCGAGCGCAAGAGCGGCGCAAUCGUCAUGAUCCCAAUCGCGCAGCUCGCGGCUCUCAACAACGAAUCCGGGUCACCCGUCCCACACGUGGCCUGCCAGCCUACGUUGCCGCCCGCGAAGACCAACGUUCCACUCACGCACUCUGGCGACGCGCUCAAGCUCAGCGGCGGGAGGUCGGAGAGCGGCAACUCGCUGGUGCUGGAUGUCGAGGGGUUCAUGUACGAUGAAGAGAUGAUGGAGGACUCAUCCGCAGAGCAGUUGACCGAAGAGGAACUGCUGGAAGCGGUGCAAGUCUUCAUCAACGACUGCCAGGUCAUUCUCGAGUAA